AUGACAGAUGCUGUGAAAAAUGCCUUUCCCGACAAGCAGAUUAUAGUUCCUGAUCAACCCGACCUUGCGUGUGUAAGUACAGCUGUACCAUUUGAUGAAAAACGACACCCUAACUCAAAACAAGUCUUGCGCGAUGGAAUAUACAAAUGUGAGGAUGUCUUUAGUGUAUUUGUUAAGGCCGGUACCACAGUUGUGCCACAUAAAACAAGGAUAGAGUAUACGUUUGGCGCUCCGUUCAUGGGUACAUCAAGAGCAACAGUGGAGGUGUACAGAUCCAAAUCGGAGAAUCCUAUGUAUAUGUCAGAUAAAGGAUGUUACAGAAUUGGGGAGAUAUCAGUUGCACUCAAAGGGAGACCAAAGGAAGACAAACAGCUGGUGGAUGUAGUGAUGCUGUUUGGAGAUACUGAACUACACGUGACUGCAAAAGAACACGGAACAAACAAACUGCGUCCGCAAAAUUCAAUUUUCUUAAAUAGAAGAAAUAGAAGACUGGUCGCAAACACAUUUGAUCGAAACAAAUGUCUAUGUGUUGUUGACAAUAGAUGUAUAUAG